AUGCCCGACCCCGAAGACGAAAGCGUCGAACUACGCAGGACAAGCCAAACGUGCGCGUGCACGUGUUUCCAAAACGACCCGGUGCGGCGGGCGGCAUGGACAAGAGCGGUUCCCCGAAAGGAUUUUGCGCCUACAAAGAACACAGUGCUCUGCGAGAAGCAUUUCGUGUCCAGCGACUACGUGAAAACGUCAAAGUACACUGAUGUGAAGACGGGGAAGACUAUUGAAGUGCCACUGAAAGUCUUCCGGCUGAAGCCUGAUGCGGUACCAAGUGUGUUCCCGAAUUGUCCUCAAUACCUCUCUCGUCAAAAUGCGUGUACUCGGGAGGCACCAGAGGAGAAACGAAAACGUUUUGAGGACGAAUCACUCCGCAUUGCCAUUGAAAAAUCUCUGGAAGAAAAGCAACAACAAGACAAGCAGAACAAAGUUACAAGCUUUUCAGAAUUUCUUCGUGCUCUGCCAAGCUUUAACACCUCACCGUUUUGGUCUGUGGUCAGCAUGGACUCAAAGGUUCUAUUCCUGGAUUUGACUGUUGAUCGGGGUGCCUCUGUGCGUUCAUCGGGAUAG